AUGGCCGACCUAAGUACAAUUUCCAUCAAUACAGAUCACACCAGCAACUUUCCAUUGCACUCGCCUACUCCAACAAGAAGCACGACAUUCUACUUUGAUUGUGUUAUCUUCGAAGUAGAGAACGUACUGUACAAAAUUCCUCGUGCUAGAUUAGUUGAAGAGUCUUUGCUGUUCGAGACUAUGUUCGCACUUCCACCUGGUCCUGGAAACUCGUGUGAGGGAGAAGACGAUGAUCAUCCGAUAACUCUGCCGCAGAUCAAAAGGAAAGAGUGGGAAUGUCUCUUGAGGCUACUGUUUCGUAACUCCAUUGCCGGACCACCCGAUUUCACCUUGGAUGAAUGGAUCUCAAUCUUGAAAUUGGCCACAAAAUGGGACAUGAGCGCUUCUAGAGCGUGUUCUAUCGAAAAUAUUGCAGGAUUCGAUGGCAUUCCUGCACAAAAAAUUAGGCUCGCUCGAGAAUAUCAUGUCCCUAGAUAUUUCAUUCCCUGCUUAGUGCAGUUGAUUGGACGAUCCGAACCACUCACAGCGGAUGAGUGCAAGGAUAUUGGGAUAGAGUGUGCCUUGAAAAUCGUGUCACUGAGGGAACGAUACUAUGAUCCAAGCCGUAGUGAUGGAAUAUUUCGUCAGCGUAGGGUGGCUUCCGACAUAUCUUCACCGACGACCAAUUCCUGGAAUGGUAUCGUCAGUGAAAUUCAUAAAACUUUCACGGACCACGACGAAUUCUAUAACUAG